CGACGACAGCGAGGCCGUUCAACCUGCGUUACAUCCUCGCGCUCAACGAACCUUACGCGCUUCGUUGGAGAGAGAAUAAACUGAAAUAGUGUUUACCGCGGCUGGACACGUGCGCGCGAACGCGAUCGGUCCGACUAGCUUAAGCUUUUUGUUUUAUAUUAAAUCUAGUGUAGCUUAAUAAGCCAAAUAUUGUCUGUAUAUAUUGUACGCGCUGUCGCGUCACUCUCGUUUACACUAUUACUUCGGUCGCCGAUGCCGUAGAGCGUACGACACGUAGGUGCACAUAUAUGUAUAUUUGUAUAUAUUACGCUUUGCAUUCUUUAUCAUCCGUUGUCCUAUCUACGAGUAACGAUGCGUUUGAUCAGCGUGGAGAGGCUUAGCGAGAUACAAAAUGACGCUACGCGUAUCAGGAACAUCUGCGUCCUGGCCCACGUGGAUCACGGGAAGACCACCCUGGCGGAUUCCCUCGUCGCCAGCAAUGGCAUUAUAUCCAACAAGCUGGCUGGCAAGCUUAGAUACCUGGACAGCAGGCCGGACGAGCAGAUACGCGGGAUCACGAUGAAGUCCAGUUCCAUAACGUUGCACCAUGUAUACAACGAGACGGACUAUGUGGUAAACUUGAUCGAUUCGCCAGGCCAUGUGGACUUCUCCUCCGAAGUUUCCACAGCAGUCAGACUCUCGGAUGGAGCUGUCAUUCUAGUCGACGUGGUGGAAGGCGUGUGUCCCCAGACACGUAGCGCCCUGUCUAUAGCCUACGUCGAGGGCUUGAAACCUAUUUUAGUACUUAAUAAAGUCGACCGACUGAUCACGGAGAUGAAACUGACGCCGUUGGACGCUUACGUAUGCUUGACUCAGGUCCUGGAGCAGGUGAACGCCAUCAUGGGGGAGUUAUUCGCGAGCGAUGUGAUGGAGCGCGAGGAACGCGAGGAGACGGUCGCAUCUACGUGGGACAAGGUGAACGAGAGGGAUCUGGCCGAUUGGCAGUCCGUAUUAGAAGAAAUAGACGAUUCGAAUUUAUACUUUUCCCCGGAACAAGGAAACGUUCUUUUCACUAGUGCAAUUGAUGGCUGGGGAUUUGGUAUCAAGGAAUUUGCCAAGAUCUAUUCGAAUAAAUUGGGAUUCAGCGAGAAGGUUCUGCGUAAAACGUUGUGGGGAGACUUUUACAUAAAUAAUAAAACAAAGAGGAUUAUGAAGGGUGCUCAGGAGAAGGCUAAGAAGCCACUUUUCGUACAAUUGAUUCUGGACAACAUCUGGGUAUUAUACGAAACUAUAGUGAUACGAAAAGACAAAGAUAAAUUGCCGAAUAUAGCUGAGAAAUUAAAUAUUAAAUUGACAAAACGCGACUUGAGGCACACGGAUCCGAAGGCACAGUUACAAGCCGUUUGCUCGCAGUGGCUUCCCCUGGCGCAAAAUUGUCUCAAUAUAGUAUGCGAGAAGGUUCCUGCGCCGCAAAAUUUAACCGGCGAAAAAAUCGAGAGACUGAUAAGUGGGAACAAUGAUUUUUCUGCUUUACCCCUUGAAACGCAGUGGUUGAAAGAAGCGUUUUUAUCGUGCGAUUCAUCGUUGGAAGCGCCGAUCAUCGUAUUCGUGUCGAAGAUGUUUCCAGUGGAGAAGGACAUGCUGCCGGAGAACAGACCGAAGGCUCUAACACCGGAAGAAUUGGCACACAAAAGAGAAAUCGUUCGACAGAAGUUUGCGGAGCGAUUGGAGCAAGCAGCUACUACUGAGAAUCACGAGAAAGAUACGCGCGAAACGACAAUGUGCAAUAACGUCCAAAACGCAAAACAUGAGGAUAUCAUCGAGGAUAAUUCGAACGGCGCAUUAGUAGCUUUCGCGAGAAUAUAUUCAGGAACUAUAAAGAUUGGAGACGAGGUAUUUGUUUUAGGUCCGAAGCACAAUCCCACCGUCGCCCUGGAACACGAGAGAGCGGGAGAACGGGUGGAUCCGUCUCUCGUGCUUAAAGAUUUGAAGCCUGGCAGACACAUCACGAGGGUGAUAAUAAAUAAAUUGUAUAUUCUCAUGGGAAGAGAGCUCGAAGCCGUGAGUCAUGUGCCGGCGGGUAACGUUUUCGGAAUUGGCGACCUGGAGGAGCACGUUUUGAAGACCGCGACUCUGUCGACGACAAUCGCCUGCCCCUCGUUCACGGAGUUAACUUCCCUCGCUGUUCCUAUAUUAAGGGUAGCUCUAGAGCCAAAACAUCCCAACGACUUACAGAAGCUUAUCAACGGUUUGAAACUGUUGAAUCAGGCAGAUGUCUGCGCUAUCGUUCACAUACAGGAGACCGGUGAGAUCGUCCUGAGCACCGCUGGUGAGGUUCACCUCGAGAGAUGCCUGGAGGAUCUUAAGCUGAGAUACGCCAAAAUCGAUAUUAACGUUUCCGAUCCAAUCGUGCCGUUCCGCGAGACUAUAGUGCCACCUCCGAAACUCGACAUGGUGAACGAGGCAAUCGAGAAGAAGGCGACGGAAGUCAAUCUCGAAGUCUGGACGUCGAAUCGACAGUGUCGUUUUGAGAUAGACGCGAAGCCUCUUCCGGAAAACGUAACAAAAUUGUUGGAGAAAAAUGCAAAUCUGAUAAAGUUUUUGGAUAGUUGCUGCGACAAGUAUACAGAGGAGAAUGGGGAACACGAGGAUAUUUCUGACGAGAACCAACUCAACGAGAGGUCCAUGUCUGAUAAAAAGCAGAAGGAAGCGAAGGUAUUCAAAAAUGAAUUGGGAGCGGCUUUCCUCGAAGCGGGCUGGAAGGAUAAUGUAUUGGAUAAAAUAUGGUCGUUUGGUCCACGAAAAUGCGGGCCCAAUAUUCUGCUGAAUGAGACUGACUACAGGCAAAAGAAGUUUUGGGAACAGCAAAGCACGAAUGUUGAUUCCCGAGCAGCGUAUGAUAACAGUAUAGUCAACGGAUUUCAACUUGCUACUCUGGCUGGACCCUUAUGCGAGGAGCCCAUGAUGGGUGUCUGCUUCGUGUUGAAGAAGUGGGAAAUUUUUGAGACUCCACAAAGCGAUUCUGGUGGCCAGAGCCAUGGACAUUUGGGCGGUCAAUUAAUGUCGGCGUGUAAAGAGGCUUGUCGACGGAUCUUCAGCUUACGACACCCCCGACUGAUGACGGCGAUGUACAGCUGUAGCGUUUUAGUCAACUCUGACGUCCUCGGGAGAUUGUACGCUGUGUUCGGCAAAAGACAAGGCCGCAUCGUAUCUACAGAAAGUGCUCACGGCUUCGGUGGACAAUUCAGAGUAUUGGCCACCCUACCGGUUCUAGAGAGCUUCCAUCUCGCAAGAGAAUUGCGAACGCAAACGUCCGGAUUGGCUAAUCUACAACUAGUUUUUAGUCAUUGGGAGGCAAUCAAACAGGAUCCUUACUGGGUGCCAUCUACAGAGGAGGAAUACCUCCAUUUCGGUGAAAAGGCGGACAGCGAUAAUCGAGCUAAGUGCUACAUGGACGCGGUUCGUCGAAGAAAAGGCCUUCCUGUGGACUCCCAAUUAGUUACUCAUGCUGAAAAACAACGUACUUUGUCGAAAAAUAAGUGAUGCGAAAAUUCUCCUUAUUGCGAAUCCUUCAUCCUUCAAAAAGCCACGUUUACUCCAAGUUUCAUCCUUAUUGUAGAAAUUCAAUAAUGGUACGUCCUUUAAAUCUAUGAAAUUGUAAUUAAUGCGAGUGUAUAAACAAAAACAUUGGUUCCUUUUUCUACAUAAUAAGUUAUAAAA